AUGAUAGCCUCUUCCACGUCGAGGCAGGGCCCGGCGAUACGCGUGGAUUCAAAAGGCGUUCAGAGAAGUGCAACCGCUGCUCCAAAUAUCACCAUUUGCGAGCAAAUCGGACAGGGUGCUUAUGGCGUGGUGCAUCUGGCGCGUCGAGAAGAUGGGACUCCGUUGGCAGCUAAAAUCUUAAGUUCAUCGCGUGUCUCCAAAGACAUGGUGGACUCAAUCAUGCACGAAGUGCAACUUUUGCGUAACCUGGUUCAUCGCAACAUUGUCAAGUAUAUUGGUUAUAUAAAAACCAGUGGCCGACUGUGCAUUUUACUAGAGUACUGCGAAGCAGGCUCUUUAGGUGCCAUGUGCAAAAAAUAUGGCGGAAUUCCAGAAGAACUCGCAGCCCCAUAUGUUGCCCAAGUCCUCGAAGGACUUGCAUAUCUUCACGAACAGGGCAUCAUUCACAGAGACAUCAAAGGUGAUAAUAUUUUAAUGACACGCGACGGAAUUGUUAAACUAGCAGAUUUUGGUGUGGCAACUCGAGCAUCCAAAAUGGGCCGUAACGAAACGGUUGUUGGUACCCCUCAUUGGAUGGCACCGGAAAUUAUAGAAAUGAAGGGUGCAAUCAGCGCUACAGAUAUUUGGAGUCUGGGUUCUACCGUCAUUGAACUGCUCACAGGAAACCCUCCAUACUGUGAAAAGGGGUCCAUGGCCACGGCAUAUUCCAUUGUAACAGAUGAUCAUCCGCCUUUACCACCAGGCAUUUCCGAUGCCGCAAAGGAGUUUCUCAUGGAGUGCUUUAAAAAGGAGCCCACAAUGCGACCUUCAGCCCGCCGUCUGUUAAAACAUUCGUGGAUCACAGCUCAUGUCAAGAGUAAUAACGCUCAAGCAAAGUAUGAUGAUGCAGUCAAGUCGGUUCAAGACUGGAAUAAGGCCAUUAGACAGACAAAAACAGCAGCAGAUGAAGAGGAUGAUGACAGAUACGAUGACGAUGACAAUGACGAAGAACUUAUAAAACAUACUCCAACAACUGCAGCUAAUACCAACAAUAACCCUAAUUUUUUGAGGGACUCGGAUGAUGAUACCUGGACAGAGGAUUUCCCAGAUUUCCCUGAAGAUUUUACUGCUAAACUUCAAAGUUAUCAAAAACGCGUCAAGCAUCAAGGCGGAUCGACCUCGCCAGGUUUGCCUGUUGUGACAGGAGCCACUGCAUCACCAGUAAUUCCGGCUCCAGCAGCUCGCAACAAUACAUCGCGGGAUUCAAUUCUUGGUGAAAACUCGCCCCAUCGCGAAUCGGCUACGCAAACCCCCCCGUGGAUCCAAACUUUCCAGAAUCCACAGCAUAACCAAAAACAACAACAACAACAACAACAACAACAGCAACAGCAACAGCAACAGCAACAGCAACAGCAACAGCAACAGCAACAGCAACAGCAACAGCAACAGCAACAACAACAGCAUCACCAUGUUGCCACACCGUCACCACCAUUGCUACCGCCACUACCACUACUACUGCCCAGCAGACGUACACUCCCCAAAAUCAUCUCAUCAGACGAAUCCGAUCUUGAAAUUAAUGAUGACGAUGACGAAGCUACAGAACCCCCACCAAAUCUCGAAGAUAAAGUCCAUAUGCGCCUUUUGGCAGAAGCUGCCACCCAAGUUUCGGCAAUUGUCACAGAGCUGCGCGCACCUCCGCCCUCAGAGGAAGUCUUGUCGCAGCAGCUCGAUACACUUAUUAAUGUGCUUGCCGCACACCCCAGCGCUCGCGCAGGUCUCGUCAAGGCUAAUGCACUACUUCCAUUAUUAGAACUCCUCAGACUGUACGCAGACAAUACGCGUGUCCAGAUGCAGGUCCUGGACCUGCUUGCAUUACUGGCCGGCGUCAGCACGCUGCUGCUUGAAAAACUAUGUCUCCUUGGUGGUGUGCCUCUUUUGCUGGCGGCUGCAUCCCAGGAAAAUGCAGCACCUAUAAGGUAUAAGGCUGCUGCUGUUCUUGAGCGUCUCAUUAAUCCGCCAGCAAAGCUCCCUGUGGAUAUUUUACUUUCCGGCGGUGGACUCCAUAUUUUUGCACAACUAGUUGCUGAAGACUGUGACGCACAUGAGUCUCUUGUUCAGCUCGGUAUUCGUGGCAUCUCCGCUAUCUUAAGCGUCGAGGGCUCACGUAUGAGUGACGAGAUUGGCGUACAGCUAGCUCAGCAUGAGAUUGUCGGAUCACUUGUUUUCGCCAUUUACUUUUUCCUAGACCGCAAGCAAUCGGGUCUAGUCGAUACCUUGAUGACAUUUUUUACAGCCUUUUCACGCAUGAGCGGAUACGUUAAGGAAACCCUUGUCAGUAUUACAAUUGUCCGUGAACUUUUCAAACUCUACCGCCGGUUGGAAAAUCAAAAACACAGAUUACAAGUUCUAAAGUUUCUCAAGUCAGCAUCGAUGGCGCCAAAGACCCUCGACACGCUCCAAAGUGCACGUGUCAUGGAUUUCCUCGUCUUGGUUUUACGCGAGUCUUCAUCUCUGCGUAGCGGCUCAAACUUUCAGUCCGUGGCAGAGCAAAUUCUCCCUCUCUACGAAAACUUAUGUAGGCUAUCCCCCCCGCGCCAGGAGGAAAUGAUUACUUCGGGUGCAACACCUCUCGUCCUGGCUGCUGCUCGAUGUUCUCCAGCUCUUCGCGAAACCUGCGCUGCUAUUCUUUCUGGUAUGCCUUCUAUUCGCCGCAGUUCCCGCAAGCUACUUCUACACGACGGCGUCCUCCAGUUUUUCCUCACCUAUGCAGACGAUACUACAGCUGCCCAAGCCACUGCCUACGACGUCAUUGCAGCGUGGCUUUCAGAUGACGCCCCAGGAGCCGAGCCAUUGCUUCUUGCAGAUGCAAACACGCGUGCUCUUGUGCGUGGUCUUGCGGGUGCUACUGUCGCUACAGUUUUUGAGUACUUUUUCGACAUGAUUACAACGUCACGCCGACUGUGUACAAAAGUGGCUCGUCUACGCGAUUUUUACACGGUACUCUGUGCGUGCCUUGACCGCCCGAGGCCUCUGGCUGGCAUUAUGCAACUUAAAAUUGUGCGUGCCAUUGUUGAGUAUGCUGAAACUGCUACUGGUGGAACUAUAACUAGUAGCAUUGAAGAUGAGCAUGCCGCUGCCGAUGUUGAAGAUAGCCUAUGGGAUACUGUGCGUGCACGGUGCGACGAGUCUGGGCUUCGAGCUGCUAUUGAGCAACUUGCAGCUCGCGAGGGUCAAGUUGUUAUUAGUGAGUUGGCAAAGGAAGUAGUUGCUAGACUUGGUUGUGCAGUGCCCUCGACCGCCUCUAUUUCAGUCGGACCUAACUGGAUCCGCCGUACUUCGUCUCAAAGCAGCAACGGUACGUCUAGCCAUAUCCAACUGACUCGUGCGUCCAGUGUUUCGUCGUCAUCGCGUGGGUCUUACCCAAGCCCUGGGAGCAGCGGCAAUGGAAGUGCAGGAACUGGCCACAGACGACAACGGUCUGUGGGCCAGGGUGUCAAUGGUAUCAAUGGUAGUAGUGGCGGCAGCAAUAACUUUAGCAGCAUGCUUCCACCUAUUGAGCCUACGCCAUUACUGGUACCGUUUGACGGGUUUGAUGGCAAGUCUGCUGGGCUUAUUUUGCCAACGUCCAAAUCGGGUCUUGGAUUAGCAGCAUCAGGGCGCGGUAGUAGCAGUAGCAGCAACAGCAGUAGUACAAGCAGUGCAAGUAGCAAUGGUGGUCGGGCGCCGUCACCAGAAUUACGUCCAAGUCUGCGCUCCAAAGAUAUGGGGUUGUCUUCAUCUUCUGCCAUGGGCAUACCGCUGGCUAGUGUGUCUGGGGGGAAUGGUGGCAGUGGUAGUGGCAUUUCGCUAACACCCACAAAGUCCCUGGGAGCAGGUAAUAGCACAAGCAGCGUCAUGUUCCGGGAUCCAUUUGUUCCUGGAACGCCCACGCCACGACGUGCAGGAGGUAUUACAUCUGGAGGGGCCCAUAGUUCUCACGCUGGGCACCUCUCGGGACACGGAGCACAUGGUGUGCGCACUGCAGGAAGCAGGCGGAACUCUGCAGCAACAACGGGUGUUGUUUUACCACCAUCAUUUCCACCAUCUCAACCGCCUUCUCCUUCACCGUCGUCAUCGCCUUCAUUAUGUGCUGUGCCGCAGCCAUUGAUGCCAUUUUCAGGUUUGCAGCUUGCUCCACCGCAGAGUCUAAACGGGGCCUCAGGUGCAUUACCUUCAUUGCCGUCGUCGUCAUUUUCAGCUACUCGCCGCAAACCGGCGCACGGACAUUCGCAUUCAUACGCACAUGGCCAUGCUCGCACACGGUCGCAUUCAGGUGCAGCUGCCAUUCCACAUUCUGUCUCAGUUAAUACAGGGCUUGAUGCACUUUUAUCAGGCAAGGGGAGCAUGAGUGGUAGUAGCGCAGCCAAGCGUGGAGAUAGCUUACUUGCGGAGGGCAUUAAGGAAGAGUCUGUAUUUUGA